AGCGAGCUCAGCAACGAUGGCCUCAGACACGCUCUCAUUCAUCCCGCUCGCCUACCGCCUUUUCUUCCUCUACAUCGAGCCCGUCUCCGCAAUCGUCGGCGCGUUCUACGUUGGGGCUCGACCCUCCGAGUACCUCGCCUACCUGUCCUCCACCGCAUCGAGCGCGAGCGUUGCCCAAGCCCCGCCGACGCCCACACUCAUCUCGCUAUACCAGCUCGCAAACCUCUACCUGCUAUUUGCGCUGAACGAGCACCUCGUGCUCUCGUCCACGACAUCGCGCCGCACGUGGCGCCGCCUGCUCUUCGGGCUGCUCGUCGCGGACAUAGGCCACCUUGCGACGAUGGUCCCGCUCGCGCAGGAGAAGGGCUUCGCGGCGGUGUUCCUCAACUUUUGGGCGUGGAACGCGAUGGAGUGGGGCAGUGUCGCGUUUGUGUAUAUGGGCGCUACCAUGCGGAGCUCGUUCUUGCUCGGCGUUGGGUUGGGAGAGAUAGGGAAGGUUGCUCACAAGAAGAAAGAGUGACAUCUCGCUGUAUAGUCACUCUGUCAUAGGCCCAAUAUUUAA